ACCAGAUAUUAUUGCAUACCCCAUAACUAUUUUCUUGGCACAUCAAGUUAGAUAUUCGAAAAUCAUGGCUUCAAGAUUCAAAGCAGUUUUCUAUACUUUUCUUGUUCUCAUUAGCUUAUCCUCCAUGGCUAAUGCAGCAUCUCAUCCCAGGCUAAAUUUAUUUCGAAACUGUAAAUUCGACAAGAUAUUUCAGUUCGGAGAUUCUCUUUCCGACACCGGAAAUCUUGUUCAUGAAAGGCCAUUUGAUAUCUCUAGGAGACUACCAUACGGCAUAACAUACAACCACCCUACUGGACGUUAUUCGAAUGGUCUUAUUAUGAUCGACUAUAUCGCAUUGGUAGCCGGUCUUCCUUUGUUAAGUCCGUACGAGGGAAGAAGUGGACAUUUUAGGCACGGAAUAAAUUUUGCAGUAGCAGGUGCAACUGCACUCCCUGUCGAAACUCUGGCCUCGAAAAAUAUACAUGGCGGACGAACCAGUAGUUCUCUUGAUGUGCAACUUCGUUGGAUGUCUGAGUACCUUUCUUCUUACUGCAAGACGGACUAUGAUUGCAGGGACAAGCUUAAGAAUUCAUUGUUUAUGAUGGGAGAGGUGGGAGGUAAUGAUUAUAAUUAUGCAUUAUUCGGAGGCAAAACCAUCGAAGAAGUCAAGAAUCUUGUUCCAGAAGUGGUCCAAGUCAUAAUGGAAGCAACAAGACAAGUCAUCAAGCUUGGAGCGCGUAAAAUAGUUAUUCCUGGAAACCUUCCUAUAGGUUGUGUUCCAUCUUACUUGACCAUGUUCCAAGGCAACAGCACUUUUGAUGAAAACCAUUGCUUGAAGGAGUACAAUGAGUUUUCAGUUUAUCAUAACAGGCAGUUGAGAGGAGCCAUUGAGGAGUUGAAGAAAGAGAACCCUGGUGUCACUAUUGUUUAUGGGGACCUCUAUGGUGCAUUGCAAUGGGUUUUCUCGCGAGCUACUCACUUAGGAUUUGAUCCGAAUUCGUUGCAAAAGGCUUGUUGUGGAAGUGGUGGUGAUUACAAUUUUUCGUUUACAAGGAUUUGUGGAUUCCCGGGAGUUGCAAUGUGCUCAAAUCCGAAUAAACGCAUAAGCUGGGAUGGAGUUCAUCUAACUGAGCAGGCUAACAGAUAUAUGGCAACUAGGCUCAUCUCCAACAUGGCACCAAUGCUGCAGUGUCAGGCUUCUUGAUAUAAUUUUAGUGGGUGUUUGGCAACCAUUUUAAGUCGGACUUCUCGGCUUAUAAGUUAAAAGCACUUAUUCGUACUGUUUGUGUAAAAAGUCAAGAAGCAAUUAUAAAAAACCAGGAAUGCUAGCUUUUGUUUCAGGACUUCUACUUAUUUCUCAAACACUUUAAUCACUUAUAA